AUGCUGGCAUGGUCGUCCGGAGGGCCACGGAAACGGACUUCUUAUGAUCUGCUCAGGAGAGUUGAGGCUGUCAGAGUCCAGCCGGUAAGAACCGACGAAUAUGAAGCCCUCGUGGUUAAGAACCGAUAUGGAGAAAGCUUCAUGCCAGACCCAGAGGCGAAGAAACUGAGAGGCCAGCUUUACCAAGGUUGCGAUCAAUCCGGAGCGCAAACCAAUAUCUACUUUGACUUCAAGGGCAACUAUAUAGAGUCAUCCAUCCAAUAUACCGGGAAGUAUGAUGACCUUCUUGACUGGUCUGAAGAGGUGAACCUGGCAGCCAGCACGUACAGGACCACAUCAACCUUCGAUGCGGUGGGCCACACUCUGCAUACAGCUACCGCUGGUGGACAAGGUAUAAAUAACAUAUUCGAGGUUGCCGGCCGACCGAGGCAGGUAAAUGCGGUUGCUACAGACGAUGGUCACACUCACACCUCCCAUGUUGAUAACAUUGAGUAUUCAGAGGGCGACGAGGUGAUGCUGAUUGAAUACGGGAAUGGAUCACGAAAGCUUCGCACUUAUCAUCUACUGACGCGCAGGCUUGCCAGAACCAGUAUUACCCUGAAUUGA